GCUUCGCAGCGUCAUCCCCCUCCGCGGCCGUGGCGGCGGCGGCGCGUAGCUUACUCACAGGGGCGGCCCGUAUCCCUCCGCCGCCGACGCGGCUCGGCCCUCCCUCCCCCGGCCCGCCAAUCCCCGCGCCUCCCGACCUGCCCCUCGGCCAGGCCCACCCCGUGCUCCGGCAGCUCCACCCCGGCGGUGCCGCUCGCCCGCCCGCGCGUCCCUCGUCCACCUGCCGCAGGCAGACAGGAAAGCAGGCAGUCCCUCUGACUAUCCAACUGAGAGGCGCCGGCUGAACCCGAGGUUUGGGCUUUUGCUUCCCGGCGGAGGGAUCUGCGGCGGCUGAGGAGGCGGCGCUGAUCCUGGGAGGAAGAAACAGCUACGGCGGCGGCGGCGGCGGCAGCGGCGGCGGCGGCAGCGAAUAAAGGGGCCGCCGCCGGGUGAUGCGGUGACCGCUGCGGCAGGCCCAGGAGCGGAGUGGGCCCCGGCCCUCAGCCCGUCCCACCGGACCCGCUCUCCUGGACUCUCCAUCUUCUCCGGCCCAGCGCGAUCGCCCAGGCGGCCUCAGGCUCCCUAGCCCCUUCCCCGUCCCUUCCCCGCCCCCGUCCCCGCCCCGGGGGCCGCCGCCACCCGCCUCACACCAUGGCUCUGAAGAGAAUCCACAAGGAAUUGAAUGACCUGGCCCGUGACCCUCCAGCACAGUGUUCAGCAGGUCCUGUUGGAGAUGAUAUGUUCCAUUGGCAAGCUACAAUAAUGGGACCAAAUGACAGUCCCUAUCAGGGUGGAGUAUUUUUCUUGACAAUUCAUUUCCCAACAGAUUACCCCUUCAAACCACCUAAGGUUGCAUUUACAACAAGAAUUUAUCAUCCAAAUAUAAACAGUAAUGGCAGCAUUUGUCUUGAUAUUCUGCGGUCACAGUGGUCUCCAGCACUAACUAUUUCAAAAGUACUCUUGUCCAUCUGUUCUCUGUUGUGUGAUCCCAAUCCAGAUGAUCCUUUAGUGCCUGAGAUUGCUCGGAUCUACAAAACAGAUAGAGAAAAGUACAACAGAAUAGCUCGGGAAUGGACUCAGAAGUAUGCGAUGUAAUUAAAGAAAUUAUUGGAUAACCUCUACAAAUACAGAUAGGGGAACUCUGAAAGAGAAAAGUCCUUUUGAUUUCCAUUUGACUGCUUUCUAUGAGCCCACGCCUCAUCUUCCCCUGUGCACAUGUUUACCUGAUACAGCAGUGCUGCGUGUUGUACAUACUUGGAACAACAAACUAGAAAUACUGUACUUCUGUACCAACAUUGCCUCCUAGCAGAGAAGUGUGUGUGUGACAAGCCAGUUCUACAGGCAUUACCUAGGUGUGAGACUAAAAGCUUUCCUUAUUGACUUAAAUUUGGAUAACAGCAAGGUGUGAGGGGGGUGGUGGGUAUUAUGGUGUGUGCUUGGAUGGGAAAGAAAAAGCUCCACUCACCUGUAGGAGAUUAUUUUUAAGUGGAAUCCAUUUAAACUCAAAACAGUUAUGAAAAGCAAGGUGAAGAACAUGAAGCUGUGUCUGUAUUCAUUUUAUUCCGAAGGAGCUACGUCUUAGGUGAAAGUUAUGACCAACCAGAUUAAACUCUACCCACAUCCUGCAUUUUAAGGUCUAAGUUUAACUGGUCAACAUUUAAAUGGAUUGGAGCUAUUAGUACAUCAAGUGUAAUGGGCUUUGUUCCCAACUCUUUUACAUCUCCCUACCCCUUCAACCUUUGGCCUUUCAGCCCUUCUUUCUCUCUUCCAUAUUCUUUGGUUUGUAUGUGGUUUCUCAGUUAAUACAUAGCUAAUAGCUCUUAUUUUUCUUAUGUUUUUAACUGCUUAGGUCUAUUUGGAUGUAAGGGUGAAAAUUCAUUUGAUGGAAAUACUUGUGUAUAUUUAAAGACCCAGUUGCUCCUCUGGAGCUUGUACGUUCAAGAAUGAUUAAUCUGUGUAAUAAACUGAUUACUACAGUCAUUACAUA